CAUUGUAAACAAUAAUAGCAUGAAUCUGGCUGGUGAAAAACUAAAUAAAAUUAAUGUAACAAAGAUACUGCUGUAUUUGUAAUGAAAUAACCAUUUCUAGGUGAACGUACAGUAGCCUUAAUGGCACCAAAAUGCAACCAAGAGCCCGUUUGUUUGACAUGGAGUUAUAGUGACGUGUCUUCAUGGAUUGAAGGAUUAGGAUUCCCAGAAUAUGCUGCUUGUUUUGAGACAAAUUUGAUUAAUGGACGGAAGUUGAUCCUCAUGGAUGCAUCGAACUUGCCAAAAAUUGGUAUCACAGACUUUGAACACAUCAAGUUCAUAGCAAAGAGUGUUCGUGAUAUUCUCGAGAUAGAGCAACCUUACUGGAACCGGAGCAUAUCACUGGAGCCUAGGGAACGUAUGGGAAUGUUCCUGGAGAGAAAGAGAAUAACAGGCCCAAUUGCCAAUAACCUCACCUAUGCCAAGUAUAUAAAAGAAGUUGAACGAAUAGAGCGUGAAAAAGCAAGAAAGAAAUAAUGUUAUAAUAGAUGUUAAUUUAGAGAUAUAUAUAUAUUUUGAAGAAAUGAUAAAAUUGAGACCAAAAAUUUUUUUGCAGAAAAUUUGUGGUUGAACCAUGUCGUGGAAUGGUGCGGGGUUGUGUUUUCCUAUGAUUUGUGUAUCUACACAAUGACAUUAAUAAUAAUAAUUAUAAUACUUUUAUAAAGCUCCUAAUGCAAAAAAUAGCCUCAAAGCACUGAUUAAUUCUCAAAUCAAUCAUGUUGUGAAAGUAAUUAACUCAAUAAAAAUCAUGCACACUGGUUAAGUCAGCAAUAGAUUUUUAUUAUUUUUUAAACUUGGUGUUGACAUAA